UUUGUUUUCUUCGCUCAACCGAGGAGGAUGGUGGUUGUUUACAUCUGGAAAGAAUUUGUGAAAUUUAAAUGAAUAUUCUAAAGGAAAUGCAGAGUUUAAUGAAGCAAAAUGGGAUGAGAGUGACAAAUAAUAAUAGUUUGGACAUGAAUCCAACAAGUACACGUUAUCUUGUUGCUGAUUAUUUAAACUACAGACUCAGUAAACAAAAUUUCGUAUGGAGAGGUUGUCCUCCACUAGAAUCAUCAGCAAAAAAAAUCCACAAUGCAAUGAGAUCUUUAGCGGAUGAGUUUGAGAAAAGAUACAGCCGUGAAUUUAAUGAUAUGGUGGAACAAUUACACAUAAACCCUGACAUUGCAUAUUCUACUUUUAUUGCUGUUGCACAAGAACUUUUCAUUGAUGGAAUAAAUUGGGGGCGUAUUGUUGCUUUGUUUACAUUUGGGGGAUCGAUUGCAAUAGAAUGUAUGUUAAAACGUAUGGAACAUUUGGUUGACUCCAUAUAUGAAUGGGUUUCCACAUACGUUAGAGAUCACCUAGAGGAUUGGAUCUCCACACAUAAUGGAUGGGAUGGGCUGACAGAGUUUUAUGAGAAGUCCCCGGACAAGAAUGACAAGUCUAUAUGGCCGUCAUUCGGGAAACUCUGCAUUGGUGCUGCGGGAAUACUAGCGCUGGGCGCAAUCUUUACUCAGAAAUCUUAGGAAAAGAUGACUUAUACAGAUAUUAAUAGAAUACGUCAUUUAGGUCAAUAUAAUGGAAGCGAUCAGCGUAGUUUCAAGACAGGAUCGACACAAACAGAUCAUUGGAACAGAGUAUUCAUCCACCACCAGUAGAGCCAAUCAUAUCACGAUGGAUGUUGUGUUUAGGGUUACAAAAGAUGUUGCUUUACCAUAUUGCUUUUAUAACACAAAUCCUUGGAUAAAAUUACCAUCCAGUAAGGAACGCUUAAUGCCCUUCAUAUUGUUAUGUUUUUGACAGUUGAGUUUCAAGGAAAUGCCAUAAAAAAAGCAAUACAAGUAGGAAAUUCAAAUUGUUUCCACUUCUUAUUUGAGCAAUAGGCUGAAAUACAGUUUGAAUUAUUGUUAUUUAAAGGGGAAAAGUUUCAACGUUAGAUAUUUCUAGGAUUUCAAUUCUUUUAUGAUGAACAUUGAUGGAUAAAAUGGCAAGACUUGACUGUGUAGUGGUUGUUGUAAGCUCUGAUUUUGUCUUGAAAAUAGGAUAUCAUUGUACAUGUAUGCCAUAUCCAAGACAUACAGGGUUAAGGGUAUAACUGUAAUACACCUAUACUGUUGUAUAAUCAGGCUUUCUUUUUAAAAAAAAAUACACUUAGACUUUUUACUAUGGGUUGUUAAUUUAGAAAUUUUAAAUACUUUUUACAACUGUGUUGAUAUUAAAGAAGUGCGUUAUGCUACAAGGGAAGUAAAGCCUACUCGAGACAUCAAAAUAUUGUAACAGGAAUUUUUUGUAAGAAUGUGCCACUGAAAACAAACACACUCUUAAGGGUUACAUUACUUCUAAUUUGUUGGUCCUAAAAUAGAUGCUUCAUUUUUAAUUAUGAAGGGAUGAUAGAAUUGAAAAUCAAUUCUGAAAUCAGCAUUGAGAGAUUUCUCUUUCAUUCUACAGUGGAACUCUGUUGGCUCAAACUCCCAGGGACCGGUGAAAUCACCUCCAACCUCGAACAAUUCUAGACCAAGCAGGAAUGCUUACAUUCAGUAUAAAGAAAUCGGUCCUUUACCUGCAGGUUGAGCCAAGCAAGUUUGAACCAACUGGGUUCGACUGUAUCAUACAUUUGUUCAGUUUGGUUUGCUGAACAUUUGCAUUAAAAUAUUAGGAAAUACAUUGAAAUAUUGAAAUAUAUAUAUAUAUAUAUAGAUGGCUUUGAAAACAAGUUCAAUACAGGCCUCAGCUGCGCUGCCAUGGGCUACAGGAAUCCCUCGUACUGAAACUAAGAUGUACUGGAUGGGGAUUUUCUGUCUGUUGUCAUUUCUGUCUCUGGUUAUAGUGCUGAUAUAAGAUCAUUUAUAUACACUGGUACAACAGCCCUUGGGGUUGAUUUAUUACAGAACCUAUGGAGUUGUAAACAAGAAAACAAACUUCUACCUCAAUUGUUAAGGAUUUGCGAUAUGUGAUACAACCCGGCAUGAUUUUGUUUAUUGUUUAACACCUGGUGACAUUGUACAUAUUGGAACAUGUAUAUAGAUUGUAUGUUCGUAAAAUUAUAUUUGAAACAUUUUCAUGCUUAAGCCGAACAUAGUAAGCUAAUAUUUUGCUUUUUCUUUGCUUUUUCUUUUAAACUUAUAAUCAUUUGGAAUACUUUGAUUCCUUGGUUUAUUUCCACAUCUUCCUACUUGUACAUUUGUAUAAUAUUCACAUUUCUUUUACAAUUACCAAUUGAGACAAACUUUGAAAUAUUUGGUAAAUUUUGUUGAAAUAAAUGAUUAUAAAUUUAUAAUUGUCAAGUCACUAUUAUAAAGCGAUGCUUUAAUAAUUAAACUGUAUAAAUUCUUUAUUAUUGUUAAAGAUGAUACAAUGGUCAUUAGACUACAUGAAUGACCCAAUCAUUGUUUUUAUGCAUAAUGAUUAAACCAAAGAUUUGCUCUGCCUUUCUUCUGUAAUUAUAAGUGUUGUAACAAAGAUAUAAGUAUAAACAGCUUUUGUCGUUGUCAUCAUUUAUGGAUAUUGUGUCAUUAUUUUAAAUUUGAGUUUGCAUAUUUGCAUUAGAAUCAUUAUUUAAAAACUUUGCUGGCAUUUCAGUAUCAAACUGAACACAUGUGUUUGUUGUUGUUUCAUAACAGCAAACAUUCAUACAUUAGACAAUUGAUAUCAAACUAUCAGUUAUGAACAAGUUUUCCUUACUAUUUUUCAAUUUUUUUAGCGAUACAAAAUAUGCAUGUGCAAACAAACACUCUUGGUACAAAUGUUGUUCUUACUGAGACGAUGUGCAGUGACCUUGACCCGGGUCCAUACCUCAAAGGUCAAGGUCAUUUAAGUUGCUUUUGUUCUAUUGCACCAUUUUGUUUCUUUGCUGCCUGGAUAUUUCAAUAUAUUCAAAAUUAAAGGUUUGCAAGCAUAAUGCGUUAAAUAAAUUAAAGUCUCAUUGAAAAUGCAUACAUGUGUGUUUUAACUGAUCAGUUAUUGCAUCAAACAGAUGUGUAACAGCAUUGCUUGUUAGACUAGGUAUCAAACUUAGAAGGUACUGCUGGGAACUUUGGAGUACCCAGUACUGGUUGAAACCCAAAAAGAUGCUUCCCCUGAAUGUAUAAAUGCUUUACACUGGGCACUUCAAACACCCAAGGGGUCCAUUCAAAGAUAGGAUAAGGCACCCAGGUCCCUAAUUCUCAAAACAUGUUACGUCCCUUUUAACAGGAUCAAGCUCAGCUCACUAUUUUUUAUUUGGUAUAAAUUAAGUGAUAUUCUCUUUUUGAGGAUUUUUGAGGCUUUUAAAGGAUAUGAUAUCUGAGAUAAAUAAUUAAAACUACUUUUUGUUUUAUAAAGUCCUACUUUAGCAAGUACUUUAGCUAAAUGAAAUAAGAUACUUAAAUGAGUUAAACUUAUUUUAUUUUUUUGAGAAAUUGAUGCCCGAUCUUCAUGUAUCUGGCUCUGUUUCUUCCAUUCUGCUGAUAUCUACAUGUGACUGGUAAUUGCUGUCACUUCUAAUUCAUGAUGAUGGCAACAUUGGCACGGCAGAGCCUUUGACACAACAUAACAAUGACAUAAUAUACUGAAUGUAAAUAAUGUCUUCUUUUUUCAUAUUUCCAUUUUGCUAACAGAUGUAUCAGUUUUAAGGAAUAGAAACACUUUGCUUCCACACUUCUUAUCCUCCCUAGUGCAAUAUGUAGUGACUUUGUAAAUGAUGUGUUUUCUGUGUGCAUGUUUUUUUUUGUUUUGAUUUAUUUUGUGGGAAACUAAUAGAUAAGUACAUGUACAUUAUAUUUAUUUCUGGCGAACUUUUGAUGAUGCCCCUGUGUUUUAUUUUUAUUACUUUUAAAGACACCGCUGAAUCAAUUGAAUUUAUGAGCAGAUAUUUUCAUGAUUGUUAUAAUUUUACCCUUUAAAAUACCUCAUUUGUUACAGGUUAAGCUAGUCUGUGUUUUUUUGGAAAAAACAAGUGUUGUAAUAGCCUUGGUGUUGUUGUCGUUACCAUCAGCAUGGUUGGCAAAACCCUACCCUUGGCCGUUACUCAAAAUCCAUUCAAGAUACAAAUGUUUUGGCAUGAAAAAGGUACCGGUACACAUUUUACCAGAGAUAAUCCAUGCAUGUAUAGCAACCAAGGCCCAUAAUUCAGGCUUAAAAAUAAAUAGAGUUAAGCCCCUUUUUAACUGUAAAAUUACAGAUGGGCGUUGGUAUUUAUCCUUCAGCGUUAUUGCUGAAAGAAGAUAUUCAACAAUUUCAACAAGAUUGAACAUUUUCUUUAUCGUUAAAAGCAAAAAUUGACUGAAAUUUGAUUUAAUAUACCAUUUUCAGAUUUUACAUGUAGAUACAAUACCCUGUGUUUGAUGUUCAUGUGCUUCUGUUUGAAGGUGUAAAUAUAUCUAAAUAAAUUUUCUUAACAUG